UUUAUUUAGCUAGUUCGUAUUCUAUGUAAUCUUUCUAAAAUGUUUAUUGGUUUACAAAAGCUCACGCACACCACCAAAGACGAUCAGCUGUCAAAAAGCGUCGGCUUUGCGAAUAAAAAAAAGUUGGUGCAAGCUGUGAAACGAGAUCGAGCUGCGUUUUGUGUACGAGAAGAAAAAGUGAAUUGAUGUAUUUUUCUGUAAAUUUAGUUCUUGUGUAAAUGUACAAUCACUGUUUGGUGUAUUAACUUCAUUUGAUGUAAUGUUAUGAACGAAAGAACCGAUUACAAUCCAUGUAAAGUUGGGGCUUUCGGUCCGUGAGAGUUUUUUCGUUUCCUCUUCAUAGCUUCUUGUUGUGUUGGUAAUAUUUGUGCUCAGAAACAUUGGAGUGUGCGGGUUAAAGAGACGUUUGGCGGAAUAACGACGUGCUACGGAAAACGUUUUACCACCUGCACUAAAAGCACGCCAAGCAAGCAUCGUCGCCACGGCAACCAAGAUCAUGUCACUACGAGGAUUUCGAAAGUGUACCCAGAAUGGGAUUGAGGAUGGUACCGAAAUCGCAGUUUAAAAUUAAGUUGGUUAAAUGUAGCGGCCACAUUCAAUCAAACCCAAUCCGCAUCGAUCAUAUUCCAUAGCAAGGGCUCAAUUUCCUGCUAUGUGCGGCUCAAGAUUCUAAUAGGCCAAUAUUAAGGCUUAAUCCCUCCUGCACAUCGUUACAUAAAACAGAAACACGUAAAAACUCCUUCUACAUCUAACUUUUUUUUUUAUUAAACUGCGAUUUUUUAGAUUCGAAACUGUCUCUUAUUCCUGGACGGAAGCGAAUUCAGAUGAUGGGAGACAGUGACAGCGAAAGCGAUACAUCAUCUAUUCCGAUUAAGCCUGUACCGAUCCCGGUCGUGGGAGCCGUAAAAGACAAUGGGACCACAACAUCUGCUGCUGCGUUAACUGUGAAAGAGAAAGAAUUGCGACUUCAGACAGUUCGACGCGCAUGCAUGGAAAUUGAUGCAAUGUUGCUACAAACAGCUUUAAUGUCCAACGAAUGGGACGUCGACAAAGCAAUUGCAGAACUCAAGAAAUCUGCUUUCAAACGCAAAAUUAUUGUAAGCCCAUCACCCGUAAAACCAGCACCAUCUGAACCAAAGGCUCAGAAUGGAGCUGGUCAAAAUGAGCGGCACGCAAAAAAGAGACGCGUCCAAGAAUCAAACAAGAGUGAAGAUGAAAGUGAUUACGAUUCGGACCGUCCUACACAGCUCGUAUUCGAUAGCGAUGAAGAUAGCGAUGGGCACGGAGGGUAUAGCCAUGGAAAGUUGACGGGCGAACGGAAAGGCGUUUUAGAAUUUCUCAAUUCUGCUGCAUUGCAUGAGUUAGAUUGUGUUAAAUCGCUAUCGAUGAAGAAAAUUGAGCUUUUGUUAGAAUUACGCCCAUUCAAGGAUUGGAAAAAUCUGGUAGAAAAAUUGAAAUCUCAUAGAUCCCUGCAAACCGAUAUAUUGAACAACACGCAAGAGUACCUAACGCGUCGGAACAAUAUAGUAGCGGUGAUGGGAAAGUGUAAGAAAAUUGUUAAAAAGUUGGAGGAAGCGAUAGCGUCUGGCGACACGCUGGUUGAGCAGCCGGGAAAUAUAGGGGAGGGACUGAAAUUAGCGGAGUAUCAGCUCGUUGGAUUGAACUGGCUUACCAUCAUGCACCGCCACAAUAUGAACGCAAUUCUGGCCGACGAAAUGGGACUCGGAAAGACAAUUCAGAUCAUUGCGUUCCUGGCAUGGUUGAAAGAAAACUGUCAUCAAGAACGGCCGUCUCUGGUGGUGGUUCCAUCUUCUACCAUGGACAACUGGGAGCAGGAACUUGUGAAAUGGUGCCCCGAACUGGUAAUAUUGAAAUAUUACGGAAAUCAAGCCGAUCGUCGUAUGAUACGCGUAGACUGGGCGAAAAAUGGCAUCAACGAGGUAGACGUCGUGUUGACUACGUACCACAUGAUGGGUGCAUCGGGCGAAGAGAGAAAAAUGUGGCGCGUAACGCAGUUCGAUUACGUUGUGUUCGACGAGGCACAUAUGCUGAAGAAUGUUCAUUCGCAGCGAUACCAAAAUCUUAUGCGUAUUAAUGCCAAGCGUCGCAUCCUGUUGACGGGUACACCGUUACAGAACAAUCUGCUCGAGCUCAUGUCGUUGCUCUGUUUCGUAAUGCCCAAGCUAAUCGGUACCAAGUUGGAUGAUAUUAGAGCAAUGUUUCAGGGCAAGAAACCAACCAAAGGUGAUAUCGAGGAGCAACUAACUUCGUUUGAAAAAAAUCAAAUUGAUCGCGCUAAAUUGAUAAUGAAGCCGUUUGUACUCCGUCGUCUCAAACAGGAUGUGCUACAGAUGCUGCCUCCCAAAACGGACAUUAUUCUUAAAACGCCCAUGAUCGACUCACAAAAGGAGAAAUAUAAUGAAGUUGUAAACGAGUAUCAAAAGGCUACUGGAGUUAUCAAGGAAAAUACGGAAAUUAGCGGAAUGUCCAUCAUGAUGGAAUUAAGAAAACUGGCCAAUCAUCCUUUGCUAUUGAGGUAUUAUUACUCCGACGAUGAUGUGCGACAAAUUGCAAGAAAAUUAGCAACCGAUCCGGACUAUAAAGGUAACAAUGCUGAUGAAAUUUUCUACGACAUUGCAUACCUAUCCGACUUCAAGCUAUACACAAUGCGCGACAAAUAUACGACAUUGUAUGACCUGCGGUUACCUGAGAAGCUGAUUACGUCUUCGGGAAAAUUUCGCCAGCUGGAUAAAUUAUUGCCGAAGAUGAAGGAGGAAGGGCAUCGUGUAUUGAUCUUCAGCCAGUUUACCAUGAUGCUGGAUAUUAUGGAAAAGUACCUACACAUUCGAAAGUACGGUUUCUUGAGACUAGAUGGUGCGACGGCCGUCACCGAGCGCCAGGAACUGAUUGAUCGGUACACGCAAGAUCCAAAUCUUUUCAUAUUCCUGCUGUCAACAAAGGCGGGUGGUUUGGGCAUUAAUUUGACCGCGGCUGAUACUGUAAUCAUACACGACAUUGACUUCAAUCCGUACAAUGACAAGCAGGCAGAGGAUCGCGCUCAUCGAAUGGGUCAGAAGAAACCCGUUACGAUUUACAAGCUCGUAUCGGAAGGUACGAUCGAGGAAGGCAUGCUAACGAUUGCGCAGCAGAAAUUACAAUUGGAGAAGGAUGUUACUGUGGAGAAUGGCAAUAAUCCGGUGGACGAUCACAAAUGCAUGGUUGGAUUGUUAACGAUGGCGCUGAGCAUGGACGAGAAGAAGGCAGAAACAAUACUGAAAAACGAAUCUCCCAUGAAAAAACCGAUGGAAGAGGAGUUUUAAUUACUUCCCGCAUGGAAGAAAUGUUCAUGUUAGAAUUACCUUUUUUGUUGGCGGGAACCUCGUUAAAUUGAUUGUUGAAAAAAUAACCAGUAGAUGCUUGUAAGUAUCUUUUUACGAAUGAACGUCAACAGUUCACGGCUCGGCUAAUGUGUGUAAUCGGAAUUGACUUAAUUUCUGAAGAAUACAUUUUUUUAUAAGCUAUAUUUAUACGAUGAUCGAA